GGGUCCGCCCCUGCACUCCUCCUCCUCCUCCGCGCUCUGCCUGCCCCAACAGCAUCCAUACACAACAGUGUGCUGUCUCUGUUCCAGGGAGAAUAUCAGCUCUGCACAGGGAGGAGAGGAUUAGCGCAGCCGCUCAGCUCAUCUGCAUACACAUUCCCAGAGAACCACAUGAGUGCUCAGGGCUGCACCUCUUUUGUAUAAAACCUGGCACUCCUAUCACAGUGGUUUCACUUGUACCACUGUCACUGCUGUGAGAGGAUUUAAUAAGGACUACUGUUUUUGUUCUUUUAUAUUCCAGACUUUAAAUUUAAAUUUGUUGUCUCUGCUGCCCCUUUUUGACUGGGACAAUGGGAGUAACAAUGUUUGAUUCAGACCUUUUCUAAGCAUCUUUGCCUCUUUUUUUAAUACUUUUCUGCUGGGAUUGUUCCUUCACCUGGUUUUGGAGGUGAGGAGUAGCAGAAUGCCAUCUAGAGAGUCCUACGAGACUCUCAAGGAAGAAAAGUCCCUGGUGCAAAAGGCCAAGCGAGAGGCCAAUCAGGAAGAUAUUCUGGUGGCUGCUCUGGGGAUGAGGAUGGGGCCACAGAAACCGCCAGCCACUUUCUGGCAACCACUAAAACUGUUUGCCUAUUCACAGCUCACCUCACUGGUGCGCAGAGCAACACUGAAGGAGGGCGACCGGACCCCCAAACCCGAGAAAGUACACAACUUCAAGGUCCAUACCUUUCGAGGGCCUCACUGGUGCGAACACUGUGCCAGCUUCAUGUGGGGACUGAUGGCACAGGGGGUCAAAUGUGCAGAUUGUGGGUUGAAUGUCCACAAACAGUGCUCGCCUCUGGUACCCAAUGACUGCAAGCCAGACCUGAGACACAUCCGCAAAGUCUACAGCUGUGACCUCACGACCCUGGUGAACGCCUGUAAUACAGCGCGACCCAUGGUGGUGGACAUGUGCAUACGGGAGAUCGAGUCCAGAGGACUGAAGUCUGAAGGCCUCUACAGAAUAUCUGGAUUCAGUGAUUCAGUGGAAGAAGUCAAGACGGCGUUUGACAAAGAUGGUGAAAAGACAGACAUCUCAGUGAACGCAUAUGAAGACAUCAAUAUCAUCACGGGUGCACUGAAACUCUACCUCCGGGAUUUGCCUGUUCCCGUCAUCUCAUACGACGCUUACCCCAGGUUCAUCGAGGCUGCAAAGCUCACAGAUGCAGAAAAGAAGCUGAAAGCGUUCAGUGAGGCUCUUUCUCUGCUGCCGCCAUCACACUGUGAAACUCUCAAGUAUCUCAUGGCACAUUUAAAAAGGGUCACGCAGAACGAAAAGUCCAACCUGAUGAAUGCAGAGAACCUCGCCAUCAUUUUCGGGCCCACCCUCAUGCGUGCACCAAACCUGGACGCCAUAACAGCGCUCAAUGACAUCCGCUACCAGAGACAGGUGGUGGAGGUGCUCAUUAAAAAGGAAGACGUGCUCUUCUAAACACAGAUCGGGGCUUUUAUAGAGCAGAACGGUUCUUCUGUGUAAAAAAAACAAACAAAAACAGUUUGUACUGAUCAGAGCUGCAGCGAUUAUUCGAUUAAUCGAUUACUAAAUGAAUCUUCAACUAUUUUGAUAAUCAAUAGAGGUUUUUUUUAUUAAAUAAAAAAUUAAAACAAGCUUUCUGAUUUUUCUUCUCCUUAAGUGUAAAUAUAUUCUGGUUUCAUCGCUCCAUCUGACAAAGAAUAUGGUUUGUGGACAAAACAAGAUGUCAGAGAACAUCAUCAUUUCGAGGUUUUUCAACAUUUUAUGGUCCAAACAAAUACUCGAUUAAUCGAUUUUGAAAAUAAUCGUUAGUUGCAGCUCUAGUAAUGAUCAUUUUUUGUGUAUGGACUAGUACUGACCUAACAUCUGCCCCCCCCCCCCGUGCUGGGUGUGGAUGAUGAACCGUAUACUCUGUGUCUCCCCAUUUUUGUCGGGGGAAUUUUCAGACGCUGACAUUCCAGCAUGCAUGUUGCAAGCUCUUUGUUGCUUUGUAGUCGUGACCCAGCAUGUGUUAAAGAUCGAGUAGUGCUGUGAUUUUUGGUUUGAUCUGUCCUGUAGAAGCUGUAGUUCACACUCCCAGCUGCCUCCGUGCAGUGAUUCUCGUGAAACAUCGUAUAGCUGGAUGUAAAUGAAAUAAGAUACUGAUUUUUUCUGCUGUAAUUUUUAUGAUGCUGUAUUUUUCUCAACUGUUUUUAUGUAACCUGCAGUUCUUGGUUAAAUGAGCCUUUCCUGUCACUGAGUACACGCUGGUACUUUUGGCUGAGCGUAACAUUUCUGUUGUGUUAUAAACAGCAUUCUUUGUGAACUUAGUUUUUGUACUGUAAUGUUUUUUUUAUACACAACUUGCAUGAUCAGUUUAAUUUAUUAAACCUUAAUCUAUAUUAAAUGCUUGAUGAAUCUGAAUCUGAUUGUCAUUAAAACAUCUACAUCGCAACAUUUGUUAAA